AAUCACAUGAGCAGAGAUCUGUUUACAAACUGAGCAGACAAGAAGUGCUCGGCACCAUUAUGAGCAUGCAGAGCUGGAGGAGAAGAUCAGGAAAACACUGGAUGUGAAUACACAGACACACUCGCAUAUAGGGUGGACACCUUUUCCCAAAACUGUCAUCUUUGACGUUCCUCUUCUCGUGAAUGCUUAUGGAGGGGAGAGAGCAAGACAGAUGGUGAAGAGGGGAGCGAGCCAUCACCAACACAAAGUCACUCUGAGCUUUCAAAGCAGGUACAUUCACCCAAGAAAGCAGUCUGAUUACGUCUUCGUCUUUGUGAUCAGGACAGGGAGACUGUCCUUGGGAAAAAGGACAAGAAAAGCAGGUGGAGCAUGAGAAAGGUGGGAGAAGGCAACAAUGGAUGAAUGAAUAUUUUGACAGUGUUUUGAAGCUAGACAAGAAGUGCCAUAAGUUUAUGCCUUGUAUAUGUGAUCACCCAGAAGAACACAGAGAACGUGUUGUUAUUGUAGAUGCAUUGCAAUGACAAGAACUAUAACAAGCCAACUGUAUACGCCUCACACUACAGUCUAACCUGCCUUAAAAAUCAGCCUCAAAAAAGGACUGCUUGAGAUAAUAUAAACUGAAGUUUGUGUUUAGAAAAUCACAUUGGAGAAACAGAAAGUCAAAGCCAUAGUAUGUAUUAUCAUGUUGUGUGUUUUUUCCUGGAAAAGGAGUGAAUAUUUGAAUCUCAGUGCAAAUUUUGAACUGAAAAAUUGAGACUUGACUCCAAUCAAGAAAACAUGCUUAUCCUGCCUCCAUGCAAAUGGGCAAGGGAAUGUGGUGGGUGCUUAUAAUGUGUUAAACAGAGACAGUGAGGAUUUCAUGAGCUGUGGCUUUAUUGUGGAAGUUUUGGCAAGCCAGAGUACAGAUUUUUUAUCCGAUAUUUUAAAAAGGAUAAAUCUCACUUGAUGCCUCAAUUCAACACUGUCUUUCUGGAACCCAUUAUUGAUUGGCUGGAUCGACUGAAACAACCUGGCCUCUUGUUCAUGAACCAACUCCUGUGGUAUAACAGACGUUUGUGUGACCAAAGCCUACCUAUUUGAGACUGAAAAAUGAGCACAGACGUAACAUACCCCCUCCCCCUGAACGUCUAUAUCAUCAUCCUUGGCAUUGGCCUCUUCAUCUUUAUGUUGAGUCUCAUCUUCUGUUGCUAUCUGUUCAGCCUGAGACGACAGGUCACACAGGAGCAGUUUGGAUAUAAUGAGGUUGUUCUAAAGGGAUCAGAGAAGAAGCUAAGCCUCCUUGGUCAGACCUGUGCUGUUUGUCUGGAGGAGUUUAGAAGCAGGGAGGAGCUUGGUGUUUGUCCCUGCUCACAUGCUUUUCACAAGAAGUGUUUGGUAAAGUGGCUGGAAAUCCGAAGUGUCUGUCCCAUGUGUAAUAAACCCAUCUGCCGGCUCCAUCCUGAUCCUCCGCAGGGGGCAGAGGGCCAACAAAACCCCCUGCAGGUGUGACAGAAGAAGCAUAGUGUCAGGGAGAUAAAGACAGAAAAGUCUCUCGAUCAUGUGGAACUCGUUCAGUUUCAAUCGAGAAUAACAUUUAAAAAAACACAGUGUCAUGUAGCCCACUCCAAUAUCAACGACUUUGUUGUCCAACGAGGACUUUUCAACAAAGAUGUCUUGAAGGUCUGAAAAUAUUUAACCAUGCAGUUAGCCAAAAAAUAAUAAAAAAUUGAAGUUAUAUGGAUGGAUGAAGAGAGAGGGAUUAAAAUUUGAAAAAAAAGUUGAUCAGUGCCACACUACAUGGAUGCAUUGAGAAGACAUGGCACAAUAUAAUGUAUAUAUUCAUAACUCUGCCAGUAGCAGAGGAAGCUAUAUUAUCAUAGACAAAUUAGCAAUCAUUAUAUGAAGAAAUUUGUCAAAAAAAAGCAUUUUAGUGUCCCGACCCUGGUCUAAUUUUAUUCAUUUAUUCAUUCAUUCAUUCAUUCAUUCAUCCAACUUCAGUAACUUCAUCCUAGUCAUGAUGGAUCCAGAAUCUAUCCUGGGAACACUAGCUAUGAGGCUUGAACACACCCUGAAUGGGUUGUCAGUCCCAUCGUACUGCAUCAUAGGGCACAAUGUAUAUGCGCACAUUAACACAUUCACUUGCCAAAAUGUAUUUGUGAAGAAGAAAAAAACAGUGGUUCACUAAAAACCUGCUGAAUAUGAAUAACAUUAUUAUUAUUAUUAUUAUUAUUAUUAUUAUUAUUAUUAUUAUUAUUAUUAUUAUUAUUAUUAUUAUUAUUAAUUGCCUGUCAUCAUUGUAGUUUCAGCACUCCAGAUUCAGGGUUUGGGUGAACGGGAGUUUUGAGUAGACUUUCAGCUAUUUUGAAGUAGUUAUUUUAUAUUGUAUACACUCUUCAAUAAAGUGUUAAAUUUCA